AAAUUGACCGGAUUGAUCAGUUAUUUGAAACCGGUGAGGCACCGGAUCCACCGGGAAUACACCAAAGCGUUCCAAAAUGCAUCAGAAAAAUUUAACCGAACUUACACCUAAACUUUUACCGGAAUUUUUUGACAGCUACCGGUUUAUUUAACCGGUCAAUUUAUCGGUGAAAUUUGGAAAGUGUCCGAUCCCGGUGGACUUUUUAUUUUUCGUAUUUUUACUCGCGGAGGAUUUGGAUCUAACCGAACCGCAUAGGGUGUUCAUUUGUACCGAUUGCCGUUCUUCAUGCAGAUCUCAGCAGCAGGUGGGCGUUGACUUGUUCCAUAUGCGAAUAAGCAUAAGCUCAUAAAUAGCAGCUCCUAGCCGAUCUUCCUGAUUUUUCGAGCAGGUAGAGCAAGUACAAAUGAACACCUUUUAGAACUCUACGGUCAGCUGAGCGAUAAAUGUCACUUGUCAAAGUUUAAAGGAAAAGGAUCAUUUUUGUCUUCACUUGCACUUCUCACUCACAAAAUGCUAAUUAUUGUGAUUGUGUGAUUAUAAUAUGGGUUUCUAUUUUUUUAAUUAUUUGGUAAUUUCUUUUAUUUAAUUACUUUGCAAAUCCAAUACAACCCAUUUAGCCAUAAUCCAUAUUUGGGCCAAACAAAAGUCUGUGUUUAUGAAGAACUUGCAUUGAAGAAAACAGCAAAAAUCAUGAAAAAUUAUUGAUAAUAAGGCCGGCGAAAAAAAUCACAACCAUGCCACCCAAAAAGAGGAAACCCGUGGUGGUAGGCACAGUUUCUACUAGAUCAACGAGGCGCGAAAGCAUUGUUAAUAUCGAAGUACCAAAAUUGAAAGGUAGAUAUAAGAAGGUAUCUAAAGAUGUUUCAAUUGAACCCAGUACUAAAAAAGAAAAAGAGGAAAUUCCCAUUUCUUCUACAGAAGAAACUGUGUCAGUUCCUUUGAAGGAACAGGCAAGUGAAACUUUGAAUUUUGCUUCAGAUGAAGUAGCUUUGGAUAAUGUUGCUUUACAGGAAGAAGUCUGUAGUAGUGAACCUUUAGUUGUCCCUAAAGAUAAAAUUAGUAAUGUUGAUACUAAGAAGAAAGCAAGUGGCAAGAGACUUUCCUUGGUUGACCAACCAAUGGAGGUAGAAGUUCCUAAAGAUGAAGCUUGUAGUAUUGCUACUAAGAAGAAAGCAAGUGGCAAAAGACUUUCUGUAACUGACACACCAAUGGAGGUAGAAGUUGGAGAUGAACCAAUGGAGAUUGAAGUUGAAACUUCAACAGAAGCCAAAACUAAAGAAGAUAUAAUUGAUGUAACAGAACAUGACUAUACAUCUUACACUGUUGAUUCUGAUCCAGUCAAAAGAACGUCUGAAUCUCCUGAACAGCCCAAAUCAGGAAUUCUAGACAUUUUAAAUGAUUGGUCAGAUGAAGGUAACAGUGCAGAUUUAGUAUUGUCUCAUAAGGAAAAAUCUUUAGCUGAAGAUCAACAAUCUUUAAUUGAUAUUCUAGAAGGCAACGCCACAGAGCCUUUAAAACCACUAGUUAUCAGCACUGAUGGGCCCAGAAGCUAUGAUGAAAAUAUUAUUGAGGAAUGUGUCGUUGAAGAUGAUUUCAAUAUAGUGUCUAUUGACAAUAUUGAAACCUCUCAGGAAGCUACAAGCUCUAGUACUGAAAGUAGAAGAUUUACAAGGUCGUCACAAAAAAGCCAGAACAUCAAAAUUAGAAUUCAAACAGGGGAUGAAGUGCAAUCUAUGGUUUUUAAAAAGACUGCUGAAGGAGUUGUAGCGGUUCAAGAUGAAUUUUUGUCUGAUCCUGAUAAUAACGAAAUGCAUUCCAAUGAUAGUAAUUAUGAAGUUCAUGAAGAACACGUAAUUUGUGAUAGUUUAGAGCCCAUAAUUGAGAAACUAGAGCAGAAAUUGGAGAACGUACUGAAAGUGAAAGCAAAUGAAUCUGAAGGAUUGAAUGAAAAAAUCUCAAAACUAUCAGUCAAAGAAGAAACUGAUGAUAAAACACCCAAAAAGCAUUGGAAGAAAUCAUUGUAUUUUGCAACAAAAACCUCUCCGGAAAUAAAUGAAACUGAUGAGUCACCAAAACCCAAAAAACAAUUUUCAAUGCAAAUGAUUGACACAAAGCAAACAGAAUUUAAUUAUCAAGCGUACAAAUUCAAGAACCUGGAAACUGAAGGAGAAUCUACAUCCACAUCAAACGAUAGCAAUCAUCCUAAAUCACUUUUAAGGCCCUCUAAGAAAAAGGAAUCAAUGAGUCCAGAAUCAUUGAACCAAAUGCGAUCCAAUAUUGAUGCCUCCAUAAGCGAAGUGCUUCGUAGAUACACUUCUGAAGAUGUGAGUACCUCUGACUCAAAACAAACCAAAAAACCAUCAAAAAGCAAACAAAAUAAAUUAAAGAAGGAUUUAGAAUCGUGGGACGAUGUUAGAAGGUCUGACAGAAUAAAAACUAUACUUCCUGUUAAAAAGAAAUCACGUGGUUUAGUUAAAUCCAAGUCGGAACCUGCUCUUUCCACAGAUGAAAGCUCCAUUCAAAGCGACUCUGAUAAGCCAACACCCGCACCUUCACCAAAACCAACUAAAACUGUAAAAAUGAAACCCAAAUCUAAAUCCAUGGAUAAUUUAGACCAACAAGAUAUUCCAAAAGUCACUGUGACUCCUCAAGAACUACCAAAACCUCCAAAUAUAAAACCUGAUAAAUCAGGUAAAGCAGAAAUCGCUGCCCGUUUAAAAACUUUCGCGCACCUAAAAGAAAACCAAUAUAAAACUGACAGACAAGUUAGUAAAGAAGCCAAAGAAAUGGUUUGCGAUUGUUACUUGGCCGAAGAAGAUAUUGAGAAAAACGAAUAUGGCUGUGGAGAUGAUUGCUUAAACCGGCUGCUUAUGAUUGAAUGUGGCGAACUGUGCCAAGUCAGAGAAAGAUGUACUAACAAAAAGUUUCAAAAGAGUGCAUUUGCUCCAGUUGAAGUUUUUAAAACUGAAAAAAAAGGUUUGGGUUUGAGGGCGGCCGCUAACAUUGCUUAUGGAGAGUUUAUUUUGGAGUACAUUGGAGAAGUUCUUGACCCUGACGAGUUUGACAAAAGGGCUGAAGAAUAUGCGAAAGACAAAAAUAUACAUUUUUAUUUUAUGUCUUUGAGGUCGGAUGCUAUUAUCGAUGCUACAAUGAAAGGUAACAUUUCAAGAUUUAUAAACCAUUCAUGUGAUCCUAAUGCUGAGACCCAGAAGUGGACUGUGAAUGGUGAAUUGCGUAUUGGAUUUUUCAGUACCAGGACUAUAUUAGCCGGGGAGGAGAUUACAUUUGAUUAUCAGUUCCAGAGAUAUGGAAAAGAGGCCCAAAAAUGCUACUGCGAAGCUCAAAUAUGCCGGGGAUGGCUGGGCGAAAGACCAGACGACUCUGACGAUGACGAAGAAGAGGAGGAGGAAGAAGACGAAGAAGAGGAGGAAGAGCCGCAAAAAGUUGAACCAACUAAAUCCGAAGUUCAAAUACCUCCUGAAGCAGUCAAAGAACUUAUUACAGCUGAAAUAGUAUCAUCAUCAGAACCAGUAGAGAAACCAGAUGUUCCUGAAGGUGCCGCAGUUGCAACAGAAAUAACUGGAGAGGCACCGAUACAACAACCAAGUCCUAAAAAGACUGUUAAGAAAAAAUCCAAAAAAGAAAUUCUGUUUGAAGAUUUCGAUCAGCUCAAUGACGAAAUUGAUAUGCUAGUGACCACUGGCCUCAAAAAUCAAGCUCACACCUUAAAACUGAGCAGAUUAAUGGUCCGAGCCAAAGAUUUAGAACAACGAAAAAAAUUGCUAAGAGUUUUAAGACGAGGCGAGCUCCCUUGUCGCAGACUAUUUUUGGACUAUCACGGAUUAAGAUUAAUGCACGGUUACAUGAUAGAUGCUCAACAAUUAAAACCAAACCUAAAAGAGGCUACUCCCAAAGUGGACGUUAGCCAGACAAAAUUGGAAUUACUUCAGACCUUAGCCGUAUUGCCUAUACAAAACAAAACCAUGUUGAUUGAAAGUAAAGUACUACCCGCAGUGGAAAAGUGGUCUAAAAAUGAGGAUAUUGUAGAAGAUGGCGAUCAGAGAGAGCUUAGAAGAUCAAAAAGGCAUUAUAUGGAUUCAAGUGAAAAAGAAAAAAUUGAUGAAAUUAAAUUUUUGGCUACAAAGCUUUUGGAAGAGUGGAAGAAUUUGAAGCAAAUCUUCCGUAUACCAAAGAAACAGAGAAUAGAGCAAAUGAAGGAGCACGAGAAGGAAGCCAAUAGAAAAUUCAUAGAGGUUAGCCAUGCACAAGAAAAAGAAUCUUCAAGGAAAAACGAUCACAGAUAUCGCUCUUGGUCUCGUUAUAAGUCUGAAAGAGAAUCGAGUAAUAAAAAAAGGUACGAAGACAAGGGUCGACCUUCAGCGGAAUACCUAAAAAUUAGCAAACACGAAAGACGAAAACUAUUCGCCUUACAAAUGGAAUUGAAAGAGGAAGAAAGACGAUCUCAGCAACGCGAAAUGUGGCGGCAGCACGAAAUUAAUUGUAUGCUUAUUGGGGCCGAUCCAAGAUUCACGGCUCCGUUUGAUCCCAGCAAAGGAUUUCAAUAUAUUUGGAAUCCGUCGUUGGGACAGUGGCAGGCUUUGCCAGUUCCCACUAGUCAGAAUCGAGGUGUGUUUAAUUCUCCAGUUACUCCACACAGUACACCAGGAGUGCCAACGCCAUAUUCAACCCCGAAGCCAAGCUAUGUGACCCACUAUCCACCGCCAAUGAUGAGCUUACCAGGUAUGCAAAGUGCUUCCUCCCAAUAUUCAGGUAUACCACCACAAUUAAAUCCAAUGGGUUCUAUGGUACAAGGCAUAAACGCUCCAGCUCCGGUUAUGCCAGGCAACGUCCUUGGAAUAACUUCUCUACAAAGCAAUCCAGGAAUCGCUGGGAUAGUUGCGGCAAUGCCUGGAAUCAAUACACCACCGUUGCAGUUGCCGAUUUAUGAAGAGGACCCGUCCCAAGUGAGAUUUGCCGGUCCGAUACCGCCUCCAGCUAAGCUGCCUCCGAAAUGGAGAUGCGCCAAGGACAAAUACGGUCGUCCCUAUUAUUAUCAUCUGGUAAUCAGGAAGAGUCAGUGGGAACCACCGCCAUUGCCCGAAAUAAAACCCGAACCAGAAUUAGUAUCAGCAUCUGAAUCCUCUGAUUCUGAUUCGAGUAGCACUACUUUGUCAGAUUCAAGUGACGAUUCUGAUACGGACGACGAAGACGAUGCCAAAUUGUUGGUGCAAGUGAAGAAGCAAAUCAGUAUGAAGUCGGUUUUGCCAGAUCGCGUUAAGAAAGAAGUGGCAUGGGAAUCGGAGUCUGUUACACCUAGUCCUGACAUUAAGCUUGAAUCUGACAACGACGAAAUUCCAGCAAAGCUUCUAUCAUCGAUAGAUCAAAGACUGAAAGAGCAAUUUAGCUUGGACGAUCAAGGUCCACCGAAAAAGAAACGACGAGAAGGACUGUGCCAAGAAAUAAUAAUCAGUCCUCGGACCGAAGAAGAUCGCAAACACUACAAAGAAAACAUGAAAAAAUACAAAGCGACCAAAGAAAAACUCAAACGCCAAAAAGAACAAAUGUUGCUGCAAGCAAAGAAAAAGGCCAGAUUGAGCAUGGACGUGGACGAUGUUAAAAAGUUAAGGGAAAAACGCUCCACUAAAACUUCCCCUAAUAGAUCACGGCACAGAGAAACAAAAGCAAUGGAAGACGAACACGCUAAAAAAAUUAAGGAAACUUUUAGACUGAAUAUGGCCAACACCGUAGUGAGUUGUUUGAACGUUCACAAGAAACCCGAGUGCAAAGACGCCAAGAUUACUUCUACAGACGAUUUCAAACACUUGGCCAGAAAGUUGACCCAUCACGUAAUGGUCAAAGAGAUAAAACACCUUGCAACAAUAGACGAUCUGGUUUGUAAUGACAAUGUGAAAUCUAAAGCCAGGGAGUUUAUUAAAAAAUACAUGAGCAAAUUUGGGGAGGUUUAUUACAGGAGGCCCGACGAGCCUGAUUUUAUAGAUUGAUAAUUUUUGGUUUAAAAUUUGUUUUAAUUUUUAGUUUGUUUGCAUUUUGAGUUUCAUUAGUGUUUUGCUGUGAGAAGGUUUUAUAAAAUAUAUUUUGAAAAUAAGUUCAACUAUAUAAUAAGAAUAACACACGCCAUUUUAAACAUUUUAUCAGAUAUUUUAUAAAAACCAGGCACAGUGUGAGGCUAUGAGUAUGAAUUGCAUAGUUAUGUUUUAUUUUUCUAUGAAAUUAGAAAUAUGUAUAAAUAUUUGAUACCUAAAUAUUCUAUUUAGGGUCAUUCAGUUUAUUUUCAUUUUGAGUUUAGUGAUAAUUAUUUGUUUGCAAUUUUCUUACAUGAUUGCAAAUUUUCUUCAAAGAAUGGAACUUUGUGAAAGAAAAAACAUAAUUUUAAUUAGUCAGAUCACCUUUUAAGGUCUUAAAAAUGUCAACAUUGUGAAAAUUUUAUCGAAUAAAUAAAUGAAUAAAUUUCA